UAGAUCAGUACCAGUUAUUGAAAUGUCAUGGUACAUGUGAAUGUUUCCUGGGCAUUGGUGGAUUGAAACAUCCCAGUGAAACACGGCAUUGUUGUUUAGUUCACAAAGUCCCUCACCAAGCUAGCUUCCUUAAGCAGCACAGUGUUGGAUAGACCAGGGAACUCCCACUUCCCUGGGCCUGGUAGGCAGGCCAUUGAUGGAUCUACUCUGCAUUUAAAGUGGGAUCCAUUACAUUAGAACAAUAGUGGACUCUUCUCAAGUUCUUUCUUGCCUGAUGAACACGGAUUGGCACAUCAGUGAGUUCAGGGUGGGUUGAUUUUGAUGCCUUCCCACAUUAUGAUGGUCUUCGCAAUCAGCUGGUGAAAAAAAGCCAACCUGUAUAAAAAAUGGCAGCCACAGGUCUACAGUGACCACUACACAAGCACUAAUUUUCAUGGAGGAAGAUUAUAUGUGUUAGAACCUGUCUGGAUAGCAGCCACCUGUCUAUAUUGACCACCAGGACGGAUUCCUUCAGAGGCACAUUAAAUAACCUUUCUAGAGCAGCUACCUGUUCUUAAAGGCCAUAAUUGUGUUUCCCAUAAAUGGUCACUUAGCUGGGGUCAUUGUACAAGUCAUUUCAGCUGGAGAUAAUCUGCUUCAGGAAUACAUUGGAAUUGCAUGUAAUGCCUGUCUGAAUGUUGUGGACUCUGAUUCAGGAUCUUGGUGAUUUUUUUUUAUUUACCAUGUCUAGAAGAUUGGAAUUUGUUGAGAAGCCCUUCAUCUCCUUCCAUCAUGACCAGGAUGAUGGUUGUUCCACUGGAAAAGCCAUGAGCAACAGUGAGUCUGAGAAGCAACCACUCCUGAACAAUGUAACAGACAACAAGCCUUCCACCAUGAGGAACCGCUCCAAGGAUCUCAGUGCCCUGGAGGCAACUAUGGCAGACCCUGCCUCCCCGGACACCAGUACGCCACUCCCUGACGAUGUCAACAGCAACGGUCAUUUCACCUAUGAGGAACUCUCCAGUGGAUUCACGUGCCCGACCUGUAAUGGUUUAGGAAAGAUCCCAAGAGGUAGAGAAGAUGAUCUGGUAGCGUUGAUUCCAUACAAUGAUGAAAGAUUGAAACCAAGAAGAACGUGGUGCUAUGUUAUCCUAUCAAUAUUAGUUUGUGCAAUAAUAGCUGGAGUUCUGUGCGGUUUCCUGAUUCCAAAAGAAGUUAUCUUGUCAGUAGAUGAGGUGGAAACAGUGGAUAUUCAUAUAAAUGAGUCAAUAUCAAAUAUGAGGCUUCUAAUUCAGAUGGAAUUCUCAUUGGAAAAUAAGAACUUUGUCCCUGUGUAUUCACAGAACAUAUCAGUGUCUGCUUAUUGGAGUGAUGUGAUAAAAGGCUCCAAUGUAACGACCGUGCCCUUUACCUUGGCUGGUAGGAACAAAAAUUCACAGAUGUUUGCUAAUGUUACUGCUACUUUCACCGAGGCAUUUUUAGUAUCGUAUUGUUCAAGUGACUCUCCUACCCAUGUGAUUUACAUGCAGUUUGUAGCCACUCUUCAGUUCAAGCUGCUAUCCCAGAACCAGCAGGCCACAAUGACCCACUACAGCCCUGUCAAAUGUGCUUCACUUGACCAAAUGAGCUAGUAAGGCCAAUUCCUGAUGGGACAUCAAGAACUACAAUGUGCCAGAACAACAAACCUAAUUACUGGAGGUCUGGAUAUAAAGUUUGAUGACAUGAAUCUAUCUUGUUGAUAGACAAGUGAAAAAUUAGAAGGAAAGAAUUCGCAAUCAGAUGCAGUGAACUUCACUUGUAGGACAGCAGACAUAUUACAUCUGACAAAAUCUGCAAAGCGAGUCUUUGUCAGGUGGCAAGGCAAGACCUUUGAAGGAUCUGGGAAUUCUGAAUGAGCAGUUUCAACUGUAAAGGAAGCUAGAAUGGUUGUAAGUGCAUACACAUGUAGCAAUAGGACCGAGACAUUUCAGUCCUCUCUGCGGGAAUAAGUAAUGGGGAUUAAUGCCCUUGAUCUGUACAAAGCAUAUUGAAAGUGGUUCACAAGGAAGAAGAUUUGUUCCAUAUCAGUCUGAAUUGUUGAAGUGAUGUUUCAGCAAGAAAUAUGGUUCAUGUACCUGUAGCCUAUGCAUGGAGCAAGCAACAAGAGGACCAACAGUUUUGGCUGCUAUCUGAGGGGCUUGGCAUGUUCAAAAUUGUUUACAAGGAAUUAGGGAUUCAUAGGCAAGAACACAGCGCAGGUACCUCUUGCCAAUACAUGGAGGAAGCUAAAAGAGGACCAAAGGCUUUGAAUCCUCUCGGAGGGACUUAAUAAUGGGGAGUAAUGCCUUGAUCCACAUGGCACUUGGCACAUUGAAUAUUGUUUACAAGGAAUGAGGGAUUUUUCCAUAGGCUCAGUGUGGAAGCAUUGAUUGAGCUUCAUAGGCAGGAACACAGGGCAGGUCCCUCUGAUAAUGUGCUUCAGUUAAUACGCAAUGCCAGAUGCCGACAUUUUGACUUGCUCAGUCAAGAAUCCAUCUACGUGUAGAUCGUACUUGUUCAUGUAUCAUGAUGUUCAGACUAAUUAUUCAACCUCGAGUUGGUUAGUGUUUUAAACACUCUAAAAUGUAUAUAUCAUAAUAUAUCAGGAGAGCUAUAAAUUGACAUGCCGUUCCAAUGCGGUAUAGAUGCAUAAUGUAGGAAUAUAUUACUAUUAUUUUGAAGAACCACCGAUACAUUUUACAUGUUAUAUUCUUAUUUUAGACUACAGGUAACUGCCUAAUGACCUUCCAUAAGUCAAACAAUUGCCUAAGUCGAAGCUAUUUUUUAAAAUCAGAUUAUCCAAAACAUGUGUUAUACAUACCUCUUCUAAGUCAAAUUUCUCUUUAAUAAUUUGAACGGAAGACUGUGGUCCCCAAAUAUUUGACUUUAAUAGGCAGUUACCUGUAGUUAUAUAAAUGUACAUGAUUGGUUUGUCAUUUCAUAUUUGCUUACAACGACAAUCCAUCUUUUGCAAGUGAUUUUAUGUUCAGUGAUGUAUAUAUAUUUCUGAAUUUAUUGUCAAAAUCUUUUUGUUUAGAAGAAAAAUCAAAUAAAUCAAAUCAAACAUGUGUCAUUAAAGUGAAGGCUAUACAAAUUUUUAACAAUUAUUCUUGCUAGUUUACAGAGCCUAUUUACAUGUAGGGUGUUUACGGUGUAUUAAUUUGUUGAAGACAGAUUGUUAUGUCACUUAUUGUAAAAUGCAGUUCAGGGGGCAUUUCUGUAUGCUCACCAAAGAAACCCUUUCUUCAAGAUAUUGUGCAAUAUUCAUUAGCAUCCUUGAGUGGCAAAGGAGACGUGUCAUAUAAAUACUUCUUUAAAAAUACCUUUUUGAGGAUUUGAGAUCCGGGUUUAAAACAGUGAUCAUAAAGCUACAUGUAAGACCCAAACCCAUUUUGAAAGGACAUUUUCAAAUAUGCCUAUCCUAAGAAAGAAAGAGCAUAAAAUGCUUCCUUAGUGAAAUGCAGUGAUCUUAAUACCUUGGACACAUUUGCUCUACGGUGGCCGUACGGCGAGUCAAAAACAGCCAUUUUAUUCAUUUU